GCUUCUUGAAUUUCAUCAGACUGAUUUUCCUCUGGGAUCUCUUCUACUUCAACUCAGAUUGUUUGGACAAACUCAAGGCAACAGUUCAGAGGUUUGAAGGAAAAUGGAGUUUUUGGAUUAAUGGUGCAAGGACUUUCUUCUUACUAAGAAAUAUUGCAUAUUUUAUAGCAAUUAAAAAUCUCCAAGAUUUUGAGCUGGCAUUCUUCUUCUGUUAUUUCUAUGCUGUUGUCAACCUGCUUCUCAUAUUUCAUGAUACUAAAUAUGUGGUAGCUAUUAUUUGUUCCUUUAUCUUGAUUCCAUUUGUUAUUAUCGGAGAUUGAUUUACUGCUCUUUUCAACAAAUGUAAGAGAAAUCAUCAGGGUAACGCUCGAGCAAUUGAGAGAGAGAAUUUAGAAAAUGCAAACAAUGCAAUCAAUGUAGCCAAUGCCAGAGAAGACAAUAACAAUUUUAAUAAUCUUGAAGGUAACUUACACAAAAGUACUUUAAACAACAAGCUAGGUUAGAGUCUCAGUAGUUUUGUGAAGAAUGCAUCAUAAGUUAAUUUCAAAUUCCAUUCAAUGAGAGUACAGAGAACGACCGAGACAACUCUUCAGCGAAAUAGGUCCUGAAAAUGAGGAAAGACUAGCAAUUCAGAGGAAUAAUGCCAAUAAUGUUCAAAGUAGCGAAGGAUUUCAAGUGAACAUGAGAAAUCUUGCUUUUGCAUUCAUGGAUGCUGCCAACCACCAGAAGAAGUUCCUCAGACUUGACUCUACACUCUCAGUUGAGAUGAUGAUGAAGAAUUGGAGCCGAAAGUUCACAGAGGAAGAUACCAACGCAUGUCCAAGCUGCUGAGUCUGAUUGGAAGACUUCGAGGUUGGAGAGAACAUCAUGGAGCUUCAUUGAAACCCCAAAAGUCAUGGUCAUAUGUUCCAUUUGGAGUGUAUCGAUAGCUGGUCGAAGAAAGAAAAGACAUGUCCACUCUGCAGGAAGAACUUCAUUGAUAUCGUCAGAGACGAAUAUAGUAGAGGAGCCUUAAUCAAAAAGAAGAAUGAGGAAUUUAAAGCACCGGGAAAACUUGAAGAAGCCUCUAAUAUAUCUGAAGAAAGAAAGGAAGCUGAUAGAACAGUUCAGAGCAGGAGAGAUUCGUCUGAAAGCUAUGAGCCUUCAGCAAGCAUUUAUACCUCUCAAAGCCUUUCACCACAUCAGAUUGAAGUUAAUGAGCCAUAUGAUCCUAUUGCUCCUGUUAAUAACCGAGCUGCUAGUCAACCUAAUGACCCUCCUGCUAAUCCUAUCCAACCAGGUCUACUGCAAGCUCAUAAUGAUCCUAGUGCUCCUGUGCAACAUCCUGAUCACCCACCAAGCAUUCACUCGUCGCAAGACUUUCCAAUCCCCCGUUCUCAUGAAGGAGAGCCUUCGAACCAAGGCUCUAUUUUCUAUCCUAGAAGCAGCUUUUCAGAAAGCAUGAGUUCAGAAAUGGAGGCAGACUCUUCCUAAUUUUGCUGACUCAACUAAAUA